AUGAAUCAAUCUCUUAUUUAAAUUAGGCAAUAAAGAAGAAUUUUGCCAAACAAUAAGAAAUAUACAAAACCAUUACCCUCAUUUGGAUCUAAGCGCAAUGCUACUCUUAUAUAUGAUAGAUCAGUACUAACUAAUGAAAGAAUAAACAAAAAUCUAAGAAUUGAGAAGAAUAUAUUUGGUGAGUCAAGUUGUCAUUGUGAUUCCUGUGGUAAACGAUCGACUCUAAUGAAGAAGAUAUUUCAGUUAUAUUAAUUUCCUCAAACAAAGUAUCAUAUUACUCUAAAAAAAUAGCUAAUGGAGAAAGUAAAAAUAAAUUCGCCGAUUCAGAAGACUUAUCCAUUAUACAGAAUUGUGAAAAGAAUCAAAACAAAAAAGAAAUUCACUAUUAAAAAGGUGCUAACUAAAUAAACUAUCAAUGAACAACAAUAAUAAAAACCAUCAACUAUUUAGAGUGCAAUUUUAGAACUGAAACAGAUUAUUAGAGUAGAUUCCACUUAAUAAUCAAAGAGGAAUAAGCCAAAAAGCAAAGAUUCUAAAAAUUCAUACACUUCGUUACUUAAAGGAAGAAGGAAUUUAAGAUAAUUAUUUUUUAUUCCCUAAUUAGAGAGUCCAAUCAAAUAAUUUAUUAUUAAAAAUUCGAAACCAAAUACUGUUCAUCACUCUCCAAUGUAAUCAUUGUACGAUUUCAAAAUUUCCUCCUCUUUUAGAGGAUUGUGA